GCCUGCAGAACAAGAGGUUACAUAGUGCGCAAGCAGAAUUCCUCCAUCACACAACUCGCUCGCUCUCUUUCUCUCUUGGCCCAUCCAUCCAUGGCGAUGGCCGGCCACCCUUACUCGCCAAGUGACCUCGAGCUCCCCGGUUUCGUGCCGCCGCAGCUUUCACCCCUCGAACUCGUGGUGCCCCUCAUAGGCACUUCUCUCUUGGUCAUCACGGUGAUCUGGCUUGUCUCCGGCCAGGUGCUCAAUACUGGAAGAUCCGGGAGAUUAUCCAAGGCCGACCGUUUGCUCAUGUGCUGGUGGGCAAUCACUGGGUUGACCCACCUAAUCAUCGAAGCACCCUUGCUCUUCACCCCCAAUUACCUUACCAAGGAAAACCCCAGUUUUUUCGAUGAAAUAUGGAAAGAGUACAGCAAAGCCGACUCCAGAUAUGCCACCCGGGACACCACAACCGGCGCGAUCGAAGUCAUUGCGGUUUUUCUACAAGGCCCUGCAUCACUUCUUGCUGUCUAUGCUAUUGCUUCCAGAAAGUCCUACAGCUACAUUCUACAGUUCAGUGUAUCUAUGGGCCACAUCUACGCAAUGCUGGUUUACUACAUUACUGCCUACUUAGACGGCAUGAACUUCUGCGUCAGUCCAUUCUACUUCUGGACAUAUUUUGUUGGUGCAAACUCCCCAUGGGUUGUGAUUCCAACGCUGAUAGCAAUAAGGAGCUGGAAGUUGAUAAGCCAAGCAUUUCAGUCUUGCAAGGUGAAUCAAGACUAAGUAAACCAACUCUUGCCCUCGGCACCAGAAUCCUUUGGGCAGUAUGACACCUACGCGGAUGGGAACCACAUUUGCUAUUUCUACGCUGGUUGCGGUGACGUGUGUUCCAUGAUACAAUGAUUCCUCUAUUUCAAACACAAUUGCAAUUGAAAUAAUUAUUUUUACCUUUUUUAAGAGAGGAUGGGUUUACUCACUCCGACGGAGGCCAGGGCGUGUUUGGUUACUGGAUCUGUCCGGUGGAAGAUGGUAGCGCGGGAUUUAUUCAACCGGUUUGGAUGGCGGUCAUGUAAUAGGAUAGGCGCGUAGUUUACCUAUCUCUCUUUACUAUGCCAGCCGGUUGUGGCUUUUGGGCCUUGUUUUAUUUUGCCUGCUCUGUGUGAACCAGUAUCCUUUGUUGCAGCACUUUGCAAGACAUUGUUGAA